AUGGGUCUUAUAAUGGACCGGGAGAAGGAAACUUGUAAAGUUGCUGAUUUGAUUUUGGAACACAAUCACAUGCUUCAGUUGCCACAAACCUCGCACUUGAUGGUGUCUCAAAGAAAAAUUUCAGAGUUACAAGGUUUUGAAAUUGAAACAGCUGACGAUGCAGGAAUUGGGCCCAAAGCAGCACAUGAGUUGGCGUGUGUGCAAGUUGGUGGUUCAUCCAAUCUCAGUUAUACUCUUUGUGAUCACAAGAAUUAUUUACGGGCCAAGCGCCAGCGAGAGAUGGCAUAUGGUCAAGCAGGAAGCAUGCUUAUGUAUUUUCAAGAUAAAAUUGCUGAGAACCCUUCAUUUCAAUAUGCAUUGCAGAUGGACAUAGAAGAACAAAUAGCAAAUAUAUUUUGGGUUGAUGCUAAAAUGCUCACUGACUAUGCAUAUUUUGGUGAUAUUGUCAGUUUUGACACUACUUUUGGAACAAACAAGGAAAGUAGACCUUUUGGUGUAUUUGUUGGGUUCAAUCAGUUUAGAGAAACAGUGGUUUUUGGUGCCGUUCUCUUAUAUGAUGAGACAUUUGAGUCCUUCAAGUGGUUAUUUGAGACUUUCCUCAAAGCACAUAAUGGCAAGCAACCAAAAACAAUUUAUACUGACCAAGAUUUUGCAAUGGGAAAAGCAGUUAAGGAAGUGUUUUUAGAAGCAUGA